CACAACAGAUCAAAUUCGUCCUUAGCGCCAUCCAGGACAUUCUCCUACAGAUCCACCUACGGGAGUGCGGUCUUCUGUGAGCGCGAUUGAGCUGACGAACGAUAUCUGGGAGCUCCAUAGUUGCCCUUCGCAUGCAUUAUCUACCUGUCUCAUUUCUCUGGCUACGCACCAACCACGACCACGACCACCGCCCGGCUUUUGCUGGGUCUUCUACGCAUUUUACUGUACAUACUCGGAAAUUUUCCUUUGUCUUCAGUAUCCACUGUCCGUGUCGCUCUUUCAUAGCCGUCGUCCGCUCCAUGCUACCUUCUGACGAGGGUGUUCGUGAUUUGUUACUUUUGUAGUUCUGUAGUCUCUCUUGAACACCUUCAUCAAUAGGAUCUCAUAUCUACGCCAGGACUAUGGG